AUGUCCAAGACUUCCCAAGACCCCCACAAUGCUCUCUCGGACCAGAUCGAGCCUGCUGCUUCUCGGUCUGAGGGAGAAGUCAUCGAUACCGAGGUCAAGACCAGCGACGCCGUCUUUGGAAACAUCACAGACCAAGGGCCCAACUACCGCAAUGUUGGAUGGUUGGGAACCGCAGCUCUCAUGAUGAAGACGCAAAUCGGCCUGGGUGUUCUUUCGAUCCCGUCAGUCUUUGAUACCGUGGGGCUCAUCCCCGGUGUCAUCCUCCUCUUGGUCAUUGGAACCGUCACUACUUGGUCGGCCUACAUGAUUGGUGUUUUCAAGCUCCGACACCGUCAAGUAUAUGGAAUCGACGACGCCGGCAGCCUGAUCUUCGGGCGCAUUGGACGUGAGGUCUUUGGGGUUGCCUUUACCCUCCGUAAGUACCGACUGACGACCAUGACCCAAGGGGGUGUGAGUUUUGCUGACCAGUCUUGUCCAUCAGUCUUGACCUUUGCAGCUGCCGCAGCCUUGAUUGGAAUCUCGGUUGCUCUCAACGCCCUUUCCACCCAUGGGGCAUGUACUGCCGUGUUUGUUGCAGUUGCGGCUGUUUUUGGAUUCACCUUUGCGAGCAUCCAAACGCUGGGUAAGAUUAGUGCGCUGGCAUGGAUCGGUGUUACUUCCAUUGUUGUCGCUGGUGAGUUUAACAGCCCCCUAGACACAGCUCACUUCCGACCCUGUUCUAAACUCUUGAACCAUGCAGUUUUCACCGUGACAAUCGCCGUCGGUGUGCAGGGUAAACCUGCGACUGCUUCUCAAGACUUCGAGGGCCCCUGGAGGUCCAAUUACGAGCUUUUCAAGAACCCCAGCUUCAGCGGCGCUCUGGGAGCCAUUACAACACUCAUCUUUGCUUAUGCCGGCACCCCGACUUUCUUCAGUAUUGCGUCCGAGAUGAGAGAUCCCAAGCACUACGCCAAGGCGCUGAUGGUGUGUCAAAGCGCCAUUACUCUGGCCUACAUUGUAGUCGGUGUGGUCGUCUACUACUUUUGCGGAUCCUAUGUUGCCUCUCCUGCUCUGGGCUCGGCUGGCCCGUUGAUUAAGAAGGUCGCGUAUGGAAUCGCUCUUCCUGGUCUGCUGGUCACCGACCUUUUGCUCAUCCAUCUCGCCGCCAAAUCCAUCUUCGUUCGAGUCCUCCGUAACUCAAAACACCUGGCCUCCAACACUCCCAAGCACUGGGCGGUUUGGCUGGGCUCGACCUUUGCCAUCACCGUUGUGGGCUAUGUGAUUGCCAGCGCCAUCCCCAUCUUUGGACAGCUUAUUGCACUCAUUGGAGCACUUCUCGGCCCGAUUUUGUGCUUCCACCCACCAGGUUUCAUGUGGAUAUACGACAACUGGAAGAGAUCCGACGGCCGGAAACCGCUACGAUGGUACUCUGGAGCGGCUUCCAGUGUCUUUGUGGUCGCCACGGGGACGUUUUUGAUGAUCGCUGGUACUUAUAGCGCCAUUUAUACCAUUGUCAACACGCCGGGAAGUUCCCAGGUUUGGUCCUGUGCGGAUAACUCCAACUCCACGUGA